AUUGCUCUAAUAACCAAAUGGAAAAGGAAUUUAAGCCGUAGGGGUGGUCAAUCCAAGAGAUGUACUGGUGCUGUAUUACAGUACCACGCCCGGUACCAAUACAGUGGGAAUUAUCUUUCUCACUGCUUCACUGAAUCUUAAACCCCGUCAAAACCCCCUUAUCCAUAACCCGAAAAUGGCCACAACCAAACUCUUCGUGAGACCAAACCCUCUCCCUUCCUCGAUCUUCUCUUCUUCAUCAAUUCACCUCCUCUUCGCCAAACCAAAAUUUGCUAUCACUUUCUCUCUAUUCUCCGCCCUAUCUAACGCCGCCGCUGCCCCUGCCCCCGUCGCCAUCACGAACCACCCCCUCCCUUACGGUCCUUCCCUUCUCAAAGGCAAAACUACAGAAAUCCCCAAACAACUGCAAGAUGAAGCUAAUCCUGUCUUCGAUGAAUCCCAAUUCACUAGAAUUUUCGACAUUGCUGCCCUCCGUGUCCCUGCCAAAGACUGUUUUGCCCUCGAGUCCCGCCUCCGUGGUCACCUCCUGAACUGGCCACGUGUCCGCAACAUUGCUCGCGUGCCUGGCGAUGAUGUGGAUACUCAAUUUAUCACUCUGUUACAAGAUAAUAGUAAAAAUGAGAUUGAUGAAGAAUGUUUAGAUCCUGUAAAUUCUGUUUUGUAUAGGGAUAAGUUAGUUAAGAGCUUUAACGUUCGCGGUUUUGUUAAGUUUCGGAAUUUAGCUAAGAUUUCACGGCCGAAAAGGAGGAAGAAGAAGGAAAAGAAGGGAGAGGCAGAAGAGAAGGGAAAUGGGAGGAAAGAGGAGAUUUAUGUGGUGAAGGUUGUUGAAGAAGAAAGUGAAGAAAUGAAGGGAUUGUUAGGGGAGGAUUUUAGAGGUGGAGAGAAAUGGAAAGGAGCAACAAGAUUGCUGCUUUUAGAUGAAGAUUUGGCGGAUAAAGACGUGGAGGAAUUUCCUGAAGCAAUCAAGGUUGUAUUUGAAGGAGAUAAGAGGGAAAAUGGGGUACCAGCUUUAGAGCUUGUGAGAUGCAGGCUCACAUUGUAUUAUGAUUACUGGCUAAUGGAUGAGGUAUUGGAGGCCUUAUUACCGGAGGGUGUGAUUGUCCCGUCAUCUUUUGAAACAGUUGGGCAUAUUGCACACCUGAACCUUAGAGAUGAGCAUUUACCUUACAAAAAUCUUAUAGCAAAGGUAGUUUUGGAUAAAAACAAGCCAAAAAUAAAAACAGUUGUCAAUAAAACUGAUGCCAUCCAUAAUGACUACAGAACCAUGCAACUUGAGGUUCUAGCUGGAAAUCAUUCCCUUGUGACUGUUGCAGUUGAGAAUGGACUGCGAUUUAACGUUGACUUAGCUACAGUAUAUUGGAAUUCAAAGCUUGCAACUGAAAGGCAAAGGCUUCUGAAUGGUUUCAAUCACAAAGAUGUGGUUUGUGAUGUAUUUGCUGGUGUUGGCCCAAUUGCUAUAUCUGCAGCAAGGAUAGUGAAACGUGUAUAUGCUAAUGAUUUGAAUCCUUAUGCAGUCGAUUACCUGGAAAGAAAUAGUGUCCUCAAUAAACUAGAGAGAAAGAUUCAGGUCUAUAACAUGGAUGGCAGGAGGUUCAUUGAUGCUAUGUUUGCCAGUGACAAAGCUCAGUCCAUAACACAAGUGGUUAUGAAUUUACCAAAUGAUGCAGCAGAAUUUUUAGAUGUUUUUAGAGGAAUAUACAGAGAUAGACGCAAGGACUCAAAAUUCACAUUCCCAAUGAUCCAUGUUUAUGGAUUCUCUAAAGCUCGAGACCCUGAAUUUGACUUUCAUGAGCGCAUAAGAAUUGCUUUAUCAGAGGUUGCUGUUAAUGUAGAAAUGCGAAGAGUAAGGCAUGUUGCCCCAGGAAAAUGGAUGUUAUGUGCAUCAUUUGUUCUACCAGAGAGUGUUGCAUUUGCAAAAAGUUCAUUAAAUAUGUAAGUAGAUCACAUUAAAAACUACAAUGCUGUACCAUAAUAAUCAAUUUUUGUGUGCCUCAUAGUUCUAUUUCUUGUCCCUCUAGCUACUUAGCCAACUAUUUUUUAUUGUUCAAUUGUUAUACUGCAAUGUGGAGUAACCAAAACUGUAUAUGAGGUGAAAUUCUUCAGGAAGGUGACCGAAACUUUUUACA